AUGGGUUCUAUUGGUGUUAGUGGUGAAACACUGUGUCUUUCACAAUUGAUGGUACCCCUGACUAUCUCCAGCACAUGUCACGUUUGUUCAGCAUCAUGUGCUUAUGGCUUCCAGAGGAGGAAAGUGAAGUGUCCUCGAAGCCGACAAUGUGAUCUUAGUAAACGACCAUCAGAAACUCAGAGAUGUCAUGAAAAGCCUUGUCCUUCAAAGUGGGUGACCGGAGCUUGGUCAAAGUGUACCAAAACUUGCGGGACAGGAGAUCAAAUACGUCUUGUUCAAUGCGUGGAUAUUUCUACACGGCAACCAACCAAUCGAUGCAAAAAAGCUGAAAAACCAAUUAUUCGCAAGAAAUGUCAGACACAACAUUGUCCAAGGAUAAAAAAAACUGAAUAUAACUGGUCUAUCUAUCUAUCUAUCUAUCUAUCUAUCUAUCUAUCUAUCUAUUGUUUUCUCUUUUCAAUCAAUAAAUCUAUCUAUCUAUCUAUCUAUCUAUCUAUCUAUCUAUCUAUCUAUUAG